UGAACACCAACGCCAUCUCCAAGAACACCUCCUCUAUCGCUGCCCCUGUCAUCCCUGAAACCAAGGAGGCGUACGCGCAGCUCGAGGAGCAACUAGCCGCCGUCAAGGCCGCCUAUGGCCAUCCGGUGACCUGGGAGAAAAUCGUUCACCUCGACCUAAAGAUCGCUCCUCGUCAAUUGAUCGGACACCUUCUGCCACCAUCCCCGGCUCGGGUGACAUUGCGCGACUCAGCAACAAAUCAUGGAGCCGUCUUCGCCUUCGCCUCCGUUUUCGCCGCAUCGCCUCUCGCCGAUCCUCCUAGAUUGGCAACUUCGGCGGCGCAUGCAUACGUCCGACUCCCUGCUGGCCGCCCAUUUAAAGUCUUCAGCGAUGCUAGCACUGCCUGGGAUAACCCCGAAUCUGCUCACCAGGUCGACCAGGCGAUUAACCCUGACGGCAUGUUCCCCUGGACGUUCGGGAAUUACGUCAAGCGAUAUCUUCGAGAAUUGCAGAGGCAGUAAC